CCUCCCCCAGCCCUGGCUCCGGGGGACCCCGCGAUGCCGGUCCGCACCGAGUGUCCCCCGCCGGCCGGUGCCUCGGCCGCCUCCGCCGCCUCGCUCAUCCCGCCGCCGCCCAUCAACACGCAGCAGCCCGGCGUGGCCACCAGCCUGCUCUACAGCGGCUCUAAGUUCCGCGGCCACCAUAAGAGCAAGGGUAACUCGUACGACGUGGAGGUGGUGCUGCAGCACGUGGACACGGGGAACUCGUACCUCUGUGGGUAUCUGAAGAUCAAAGGCCUUACUGAGGAGUAUCCAACCCUCACGACCUUCUUUGAAGGAGAAAUAAUCAGCAAAAAGCACCCUUUCUUAACCCGAAAGUGGGAUGCAGAUGAGGAUGUUGACCGCAAGCACUGGGGCAAGUUUCUGGCUUUUUAUCAGUAUGCAAAAUCGUUUAAUUCAGACGACUUUGAUUACGAAGAGCUGAAGAGUGGGGACUUUGUCUUCAUGAGGUGGAAGGAGCAGUUCCUGGUCCCGGACCACACGAUCAAGGACAUCAGCGGUGCUUCCUUUGCCGGCUUUUACUACAUCUGCUUCCAGAAGUCGGCGGCCUCCAUAGAGGGCUACUAUUACCACAGGAGCUCAGAAUGGUAUCAGUCGCUUAAUCUCACUCAUGUCCCAGAGCACAGCGCGCCCAUCUACGAAUUCCGGUGACGGACGGCAACCAAAUAAACUGAACUCGGCAAAAAAGAAAUUUGCCAAGAAAACUGUGUACCUGCCAGAACCAGGAGAACGUGUGUUCCUGUUUCUUCACGAGCAGACUCGCAUCAGAAAGCAUGAAUGUCAACCCACGGCAUCCGAGGAGUGCGGCCGAGCGGCGAGGGCAGGUGGAGGGCGGCCUCGGUUCCUCUUCCCUGUCUGUGGCAGUCUGGUCGUAAGCUGUUUUUAAGCUACCGUAAAUGCACUUUUCCUCCUGCACAGCUGACUUCUGUAUCACUGAGACACACAUCCCUUCCCCCACGCCCCCCUCCAGCCCCGGCCCCCCUCGGCCUUGGUGCUCAGUGGUCCCCACCAGGCCCCCCGGCCCCCGGUUGCUUACUCUGGUAGCUCAAGGGAAGGCCGAGCCCAGCAGCCGUGUGCCCCCGGAGCCCUGUGCAGGGAGACGGCCGAUCGCUCGGCGGGGUUGGGGCACUGCCAGCCCUGGGAUGCUCACGCUGAGCUAGUCAGUGGCCAGCAGCUUCCCCGGGCCUGCCAUCCAGGUCACAGGAUUUAAGGCUUCCCGAUCCCUGGCAGGGACAGAUUCCCGUCCUGCUCACUCAGCACGUUUGCUCCAAACUUUUGAACUUGAGGGCAAUACUAAACUUAAAAAAAAAAAAAAAAAAAAAAAAGGUUUUUUUAUUACAAAAUUAUUUUUAUGGUCCCUUGAACAAGGACCCUAUGGCAAAUGCACAAUUAUUCAGAAUUACAUUUUAUCGUUUUCACAUUGAAAACA